UCUCGCGAGCUCUCCCGAAGAUAGGCAGUCGGGGGAAACAAGGAUGGAGGAACUGGCUAUCAAGCUACUCGCAGAAGGCAUUCAGAAGAAAGUGGUCAGUCCAGGCAAAGGAGAGCUUUCAACGUUUCCUCAUGGGACCAAGGUGAUAUUCCACUACCGCUCCAGCCUGUGUGAUGGCACGGUGCUGGAUGACUCCAGGACCAUGGGGGGCCGGAGCAAGCCCAUGGAACUCAUCUUGGGAAAGAAGUUCAAGCUGGCCGUGUGGGAGCGAGUCAUUGCCACCAUGAGGGAGGAAGAAGUGGCAGAUUUCACAUGUGACGUCAAGCACACAGCCCUGUACCCGCUGGUGUCCCAGUCCCUCAGGAACAUCAGUGCAGGGAAGGACCCCCUGGAGGGCCAGAGACACUGCUGUGGCAUCGCUCAAAUCCACUCACACCAUUCCCUGGGCCACUGUGACCUGGACCAGCUCCAGGCCAACCCUCAGCCCCUGGUCUUCACCCUGGAGCUCAUGGAGGUUUUGACGCCCGGCUCGUUCAGACUGGACAUCUGGGCGAUGACGGACGAGGAGAAGCUGGAGGUGGUGCCUCAGAUCCACGCGGAAGGUAACACCCUGUACAACAAGGGCGACGUGAAGGAGGCGGCCGAGAAGUACCACAAUGCCAUCGCCUGUCUAAAGAAUCUGCAGAUGAAGGAGCGUCCGGGCGAUGCGGGCUGGAUCAAGCUGGACCUCAUGAUCAUGCCCCUGAUGCUGAACUAUUGCCAGUGUCAGCUGGUCCAGGGUCAGUACUACGAGGUGCUGGACCACUGCUCCUCCAUCAUCUCCAAAGACGAGGACAACAUGAAGGCCUACUUCAAGCGGGCCAAGGCCCACGCGGCAGUGUGGAACGAGACGGAGGCGCGGGCGGAUUUUGCCAAGGUGGUGGAGCUGGACCCGUCGCUGGGGCUCUCGGUGGCUAAGGAGCUGAGGGCCAUGGAGGAGAGGAUCCACUCCAAGGAGAAGGAGGAGAAGGGCCGCUACAAGAGUCUGUUCAGCUACGACAGCAACGCCCUGGCCACCGCUACCACGGGCUGAAUUAAGAAGACCAUUAUUCUUGUUAUAAAGAAGAGGAAGAACAGUUGUGGACACAUUGACACGUUUAGUUUUAUCCACACACCAAAGCCAUAUUCACUUUCCCCAUGAAACAUCACUUUCGUGGUGCACAUAGCACAUUCUCUUUCUAGAUUCACUUUUAUCUUUUAUAGAACGACAUUACACACAUCUACCCUCAACAGACCUUCAAAGUUCAGCUUUCCCCUACCGCAAACGCUACGCAAACAGCCAGUUACAUCACACACACAUGACAGGAAUACGCAGGAGAUCCUCCACUUCUGGCAGUAUGACUGGGACAUCAACUUCGGAGACAAUCACCAGAUAUAUAUUUAUGGACACUAGAGCAGUCUCCACCAUUUCCCUCUUUGUUCACCCCUUAUUUAACCCUAUUAAUGUUCAAUAUGACUAUUCAAGUUAAUUACUCUUAUCUUCACUUGUAUCUAUGUUGUUAUUAUUACUGUAUUACAUUUCAUUUGCUAAUUUGUCUUUGUGGUACUGUAUAUUUUAAGCUAGAACAUUUGUAAUGGAGACUCUUGCCCUCAACUCAAACACCACCCCACUUGCCUUUUGGUCAGUCGAACAGAGCUAAUGAUUUGCCAAGUCAUUGGCUUCAGUGAGUGUAGUUUAGGAUAGUGACCAUUUUGGCCCCUAGCUCCUUCCCGGUCUGUGUUCAACAAACUGAAAGGACUGGAUAUGGGAAGGCAAUAUGGUGAAGGCUCCACUUUAGUCUAUUGGAGGCCUGGAAGGAGUAGUCACUGAAGGGCUGGAGAUGGUAAUGGAACUGGGGCGAUGACUCACUGGCAAGCAUAAAGUAAAAGGUCAAGAUAGCCUCUUUUUUUUUUGUAGAGUUCAUUUUCAUAGGUUUGCACAUCAAAUGACUGACGUCUCAUACCAGCAUUUAGCUCAUUUGUCCCUUGUAUUUUGUGAAUUUUAUCUAAAGGGUCACCAUGACUUGACUCAAGUGUCAGUUGUAUGAAAUUGGUGUUAUCUGGCCUGGUUAAAAAGCAGAGUAAACACUACACUCAACAUUGAUUUAAUUGGUAAGCAGUGUUCAACCUGGUUUAACCAGGCUACUUAUUAUGCUUUCUAUAAAAUGUCUACGACGGGACAGUGAAUGCUUUUUGCUGCCAUGUUAUGACUGAGAAGCCAAAUAAAGAGGUGUAACUCUUA